ACUAACAUAAAACACCAAUAAAAAGUGCGAAUUCGGCUCGAAUGACGAUGAAAUUAGAAGAAAUCUUAAUUUUAGAAUACACAAUGAAUGUAUUACUGUGCUUACUUAAGCUGUAUAUUCUUGUUGCUUAAAUAUUAAAAUAUAUCUAAAUUUGUUUAAUUGGUCGCCUUUGUUCUACAGCAAAAACAUUUGGGUACGAAUUGCAUAUUUACCUUUUAAACAUAUAGCGUUUUAUAUAAUUUCCAGGUUUUUAAAAAUUCUUUAAGGUUAAAUUGAUUCCAGAUUCUAGGCUGACCGGAUUUUAAAGUUGAUUUUUGACCCUUUAACCAACAAAAUUCUUAGGAAAACUUACAUCUAUAUAAAUAUCAACAAAUUGCACUAACAAGUCAGUAUGAGAGUAGCAAAGGCCAGUGAGUGACCCCACGUAGUUAUUAUCUUCCAUUAAAAUGUUGCUCGUAAUCUUUAUAUUGUGUGCCGUGUUCGGGCAAACUCUUGUCGCGCGUUCUCUUAACGAUUUAAACUUCGAGAGACAAAAUAUUUUAGACGAUGAGUUUGAAAUGCAAGUUGGCGGACGCCUGCGUCUCACAGACGAUGAAGUCACAGCAAACGAAAUCCUCAUGCAUUGGAAACGGUUAGAAAUAUCCCAAGCAUUCAAUAAUCCUCAAAACUCCAACUUCUCAGGACACUAUUUCACCUAUAAGCAUCAUAUUGACAAGUCAAAUGUCUAUCAAAUUAUACGGAAAAUGCCGAAGGGCGCCGCGCUUCAUGUUCACAGCACCCUCAUGCUGAGUACCGAUCGUGUAAUAGAGCUUACAUACGAGGACCACUUAUACGCUUGCUUCGCGAAUUCAGAAUUACACUUACAAUUCUCCACAACUGUUCCCAAACGGCCUUGCCCAGUUGAGUGGCGUCUUUUGAGCGAAUUAAGAAAUGAAUCGGGUGACGUCACUGCCUUUGAUACGGAGCUAAGGAAAUACUUUAGUUUGUUUACAAAUGAUGAGCAUAUCACGAAUGCCGACAUUAACUAUACGUGGGAUAAAUUUAACAAAAUCUGUCGCACUUUAAAGUAUUUGCUAUCAUACAGACCUGUAAGGGAGAAACAUUUCUAUGCAGGCUUAAAAGAGUUUUACGAUGACAACAUAAGAUACAUCGAGAUAAGAAGCGGAUUAACAAGACUAUAUGAAUUAAAUGGCACCGAACACGAUGCUACUUACUUGGCUCAUCUAUUUAAUAGAGUCGCGAAGAAGUUUAAAGAAGAUCAUCCCGACUUCUAUGGAAUAAAACUGAUUGUUACGCGAUGGCGCGGUAUCAACAUGGAGCAAAUGCAAGAAGUGAUACACGUCGCUCGUCAAGUGAAAACAGAAUUGCCCGAUCUUUUUGCUGGAUUCGAUUUAGUGGGACAGGAAGAUAAGGGCAAACCUCUGAAAGAUUUUCUUCCCCUUCUAGCCGCUCAGGACGACUUGCAAUACUUUUUCCAUGGCGGUGAAACAAAUUGGUUCGGAACUUCAACCGAUGAGAAUUUAGUGGAUGCGAUCCUGCUUGGUUCAAACAGAAUAGGCCAUGGUUACGCAUUAAUCAAGCACCCAGCUCUAAUGGCAGCAGUGAAACAAAGAGACAUAGCUAUAGAAGUGAAUGUGAUAUCCAAUACUGUGUUAUCUUUAGUAAGUGAUGUCCGGAACCACCCACUGGCUGCCUAUUUGGCUUUAGGCUUGCCUGUGAUUAUAUCCAGCGAUGAUCCAGGGGUGUGGGAGGCAGAUCCUAUAUCCCAUGAUUAUUAUGUUACAUUCACACGUAUCGCUAGCAAGAAAACGGACUUACGACUUUUAAAACAGUUAGCUAUUAAUUCUAUAAGGUAUAGUGCAUUGGAUGAUGAAGGUAAAACGGCAAUGUUUAGACUUUUUCACAAAAAUUGGUUGGAGUUCAUACAAAAUGUAACAGCGGAGAAUAGUUUAACAGACACGGCUAAUUAGAUACAUAGCAACGAUUGACGGAGACUUUAGCAGGACUUUAGGUGUCAAAGUGAAUUUAAAAUAGAUAGAUUACAGUUCAUUAAUACUCCGAUCAAAAAUGUUUAUUUGUAUGAAUUCAUUAUAAAUAUAUUAACGCAAUUAUAGUACAAAUUAUAAGCAAUUGUUUACCAGUAAGUGGACUGAUUUAAAUUUAUAUAUUAUGAAUGUCUGUAUAGUCUGUAGUGUAUAUAUUAGCAGGCUGCAGAAGAUUACUAAAAAUAUGAGGGGAUGAGGCCUAAGAAGGUAACCACCCUACGCCCUAGUGCAGGGUUAGAGCUAGGGUCCCAAAGUCCUCCAGAUGUGUCAGCAUUUGGUCAGUGUUCAAGUGAUAUCUGAGUGAUAUUACGUGGUUUUGGGAACGUUUAGGUAUUGGAUUCGAUCCCAAUCAAAUCAAAUCAAACCAAAAAUCAUUUAUUCAUAUAGGUAACAUAAUGUUCACUUAUAAACGUCAAAAAAAGUAAAAAAGAGAAAUAUGAAUUGAAAUGAGACCAAUGAAAACUAUAUCUGGAAUACAAGAAAACAUUAAAUAAUAAACUAUCACCGAACCCAUUUCUUUUCCAACAAAAACUAACUUGAAAUCUAUCAUUAAUUAUGGGAAUAAAACGCAACUCCUUUUCACGGUAAUAAAAUACAUGAAUUAGUUACGGACUUCCUCAGGCAUUUGAUGACAGCUGAAGUUGCGGACUCAAUAUAAUUAAGAGGUCUUUCCAUAAUUGGUCACACUUUGAGUAUCUUCAUUUAAUUACAUUCUACUGUCGGUCCUGGCUUCACUCAUUAAUAAUUAAACGCUUUCGCAAUGCAGUGAGAUCCGCAUUAACCGUCAAAUACAAAUCAAUAACUUCUUCGGCUAUGAGAAUACAUAUUUCUAUAUUUUCCAAAUUAAUAACUUCGCUUAAAGCUGGCUUAGUAAGUUUUCUGUGUCAAAAUGAACAAUAUCUGUAACAAAUCGUAUAAUCAUGGUAAUAGAAGAGUAAUGAUAGAUUUUUAUUUUAAAAAAUUUGAAAAGUCCUGCGUGAAGCUAUAUCAAAACACGAACAUUGAACAUGUUUCAUUCCAAUACGUUAAAUUAGUUCUCUAAAAUUGAUCUUACCGUAUUAUGAAAAACUACAUUUUGAAAUAUUAGUACGCAGUGGGUGACUUUAAUGGAUGUCAAAAUACCUAAAAUAUUGUUGCGCAGAUCAUUUAAAAAUAUACGCAUAUGACUUUUAAAGUAAUAACAAACAUACAAAACAUUUUUUGUGUUAAUAUCGGUGUCGGUAAUACUGGUUAGAUACAGCAAUUAGUGAAGGCGCCGAAUCGUCAACCUCAAUUAAUUUUUACUAUAAUUUGUCACAGCGUAUCUUUGAAGAUCAGCGGUGCGUGCGCAUGUCAAUAUUUGAAGCGUGUAAUGGAAUUAAAACUGUUAACAUGUAUGCAACUAAUUUACAUAUAUACUUAUAACAAAAUAGUCUGACGUCCUAUUUCAACAGCAAGAGUAAGGAUAAAACGUGUUUUUAUAUGUUAUUACUUUUUCUAUUGUACCUCUAUACGUCUAACUGUGUAUAUGGUUAUUAUUUUAUUUCAUGUGAACCCACCUCUAUGUGAAUCAAAUUCCAUUGAAUUAUACUUCUAUUGCUUUUUAAAUAAUUAUUCCAUUGCUUUUAUAUAAUGUCCUAAAAUUAAUUUCUUUGUACAUAUUAUUAUAAUAGAUUAUGUACCUUCUAGGUUCAAUGAAAAACUGUGAUUAUAGUUACAAAAAAGGUAAGAACUGCCAUGUAUCAUUAGGUAUAACAUUUUAGUAAGUAGUUUAUGUAACUUUCAUACAAUAAGGGUUAUUAAAAAUAGUGAAAUUUUUACUUAAUUUUUUAUUUCUCAUAAACGGAUGGUUUUAUUAGAAUAAGUCGAGUGGAUUUAUACAUUGAAAGUAACAGUUUCAUUAACAACUUUAUUUUAAGUUUGUCUUUGGCUUAGGCGAGUUUACUUCUACAUUAAAAAAAACUUUUUUAAUUAAACACUUUACAUUAUCUCGUAAUUGGGAUUGAACCUAAUAAUUAGUAAAAGGUCAAUUUGAUAAUACAGAAUAAUAAAUAUAUUUUUUUAAAGAUAAAACAUUAGAAUGGCGCCAAACCUGCCACAGAUUAGUAAA